UGGUCACUUCAGGUCUACACACAUGCUUGGAUGAGUUGUCUUCAGUGACUGUGGAUACCAUUCUUAGUCUUCCAUGGGCAUUGCUGAUUAAUUAAUUGUAUUUCGAUUGGAUGCUGAGAAGGUGCUGCUGGCUUUCUUCUUGAGAUCUACUCCCGCAGAGCCUCCAGAUUUCUACAUUCCCUUAUUUAAGGGGCAAAGGGGGGACCUUCAUACGUUUGUGGAUCUUCACUGAAUCUCCAAGAUGGAUAGACCGUGAAUUUCCCUUCCUUUCUUUGACUCUAUCCUUGCAGCCCAUGGCUGACUGAGUAGUGACUCUUUAGUACGCCACCUUCCAUUCCACAUUACAGACAACAACUACAGUGCCAACACAAUGCAGAGGCAAGUGGAGGUCAGAAUGCAUGAAAGCCAUUUGGAGCCCAUCGUGGAGCCUCCUCAGCCUAUGUGUUGGGGAAUAUGCAGCAAAAUCAUGAAUAACUUGGUCCUUUUCCUCACCAUCCUUGGUGUGAUCACAGGCUCUGUUUCUGGAAUACUACUGCGUCCCCAUGUCGCCGCUCCCCCUGAUGUGGUCAUGGUCAUCUCGUUCCCAGGAGACAUCCUGAUGAGGAUGCUGAAGAUGCUCAUCCUGCCUCUGAUCAUCUCCAGUCUCAUCACAGGACUGGCAGGGUUGGAUGCCAAGUCCAGUGGCCGCCUGGGCACCCGAGCCAUGGUGUAUUACAUGUCCACCACAGUCAUCGCUGCCGCUCUGGGUGUCAUUCUGGUGCUGCUCAUCCACCCAGGUAACCCCAAGCUGAAGUCCAACCUCGGGCCUGGCAAGAAGAACGACGACGUCUCCAGUCUGGACGCCUUCUUCGAUCUAAUUCGAAACCUUUUCCCAGAAAACCUGGUUCAGGCCUGCUUCCAGCAGAUCCAGACAGUCACCACAAAAGUCCCCGUACCUACCAACAGGACCAGGGGUCCACCACAGUUUACCAUCAAAAGGGCUCUUCAGUACAAGAGUGGGAUGAAUGUGCUAGGUUUGAUCGGUUUCUUUGUGGCUUUCGGGAUAAUCAUGGGGAAGAUGGGAGAAAAGGCCAAGCUCAUGCUGGAGUUUUUUAACGUUCUCAACGAGAUCGUCAUGAGGAUUGUUGGCAUGAUUAUGUGGUAUUCCCCUUUCGGUAUCGCCUGUCUCAUCUGUGGGAAGAUCAUCUCAAUCGAUGAUCUGGAAAUGGUUGCCAGGCAACUGGGAAUGUACAUGGUGACCGUGAUCGUGGGCCUUGUCAUCCACGGUGCCAUAUUUCUACCGCUAAUAUACUUAGUCAUCGUGAAGAAAAAUCCCUAUGUCUUCUUCAUGGGAAUCUUUCAGGCCUGGGUCACCGCUAUUGGGACAGCAUCUAGUGCUGGUACCCUGCCAGUCACAUUCCGCUGUCUGGAGGAGAACUUGGGCAUCGAUAAGCGAGUGACGAGAUUCGUGCUCCCCGUGGGCGCCACUAUCAACAUGGACGGCACUGCGCUUUACGAGGCCGUGGCAGCCAUCUUCAUCGCCCAGAUGAAUAACAUCGACCUCGACUACGGCCAGAUCGUCACUGUCAGCCUGACAGCAACCUUGGCCAGUGUGGGAGCGGCCAGUAUCCCCAGUGCUGGAUUGGUGACCAUGCUACUGAUCCUAACAGCCGUUGGGUUACCCACCCAAGACAUCAGUCUGUUGGUGGCUGUUGACUGGCUGCUGGAUCGGUUCCGAACCUCCGUCAACGUGGUUGGGGACUCCUAUGGGGCCGGUAUCGUUUACCACCUGUCCAAAGACGAGCUCGAUGCGUUUGACGCCGCGCAAAAAGUUGAUGAAUUUGAGUUGACAAAAUCCCAAUCCUUCUUGGAGAACAACACCAACCAGUGUGUUUACGCUGCAGCCCACAGCACAGUCAUGAUAGAUGAUUGCAAGUAAAUUCAACCAAUUCAACCAAAAUUCAACCGACCAACCAAAUUCAACCAAAAGGAUGGCCUGCAAGUAUUACCCCCUUGGUUUCUCUGCUCAAACCCUUUGACAGCUUCAAUAUGACUGUGCCUUGGUCUUACAGUUAGAUGUCCCUGGUAAUUGCUUGCAGGUAUCCAUGGGCAAUGGAAACGGCCACCCCAACGGCCACCCCAACACUGCAGAUUUCUCUCUUGUUGAGGAGGAACCGUGGAAACGAGAGUAAAGCAGCACCCUGCUCCGACCUCAUCCUGACUUCCACAAGCUUCCCUUCCUGACCAAAAUAAAGAACGUAACCACACUUAGCCCUGUAAUCACAAGCUUUGGUGCAUCAGUCUUACUUCCUGUGGUCUGACUAUGGUCAGUUCAUUGACUAUGGGAUGAAGCUCCCCUCCCACAAAGACAACGUAGGUACGCAUCCACUUGUACCUAUCUUAAACCAUUAGAUUAGGACUUCCAAAUGACAUUGCUUAAGCUGUGCUGGUGAUUUUUAAGGCAUUGUUUAGUAUAAUGGACCCAUUCAGGUGGUUGUAUUCUGAACCUUACUCGACAGUGCAUGUUCUCUGAUAUACGCAAUGCCGCACUUUUGUUGCUGCUCAACCUUUUGGGGAAAAAGCAAUCCUUCUGUCUGUUUUAUGUAUAAAAAAUGUAGGGGUUUUGUUAGCGCCAGAGGCAGUUCAGAGAAUGUGUGCUUAUGAGAUGUGGCCUUGCCAGUUGUAUACAAGGACCAGUUGAGGAGUGUUAUGAUGAGAAGCCCCUCCAUGGAGAACCCUCCUGUCAGUCACUACUAUUCCUAUUCCUGACCCUGCACAACCUUAUAACAAUAUGUUCCAGAAACACUUGAUGUUCCAGGGGUUGCUAGAUAUUCAGUGGUGGUCGAUUCACUUUUCUUUGGUUUCCAGAGUGGCUUUGACGCUUUCUAAAACCUGCUGCCUUCUAAUAGCACUAAGAAUAAAAUAACUUAAAGAGCCUUGGUAAUGCACAUUUUCUUAAAAAUAAAAAAAUUACAAAAAUGUCAAGGCAAACACUGAACUAUCUCAAAAAGCCCUUGACUUUACUACUGCCUCUUGUUGCAGUCAACCAAUAGCAGCAAACAGGUUCUGAAACCGUUAACGUAACAACAUCCCGCAGCAAAGGGAAGGAGAAUGUUGACCAUGUG